AUGACGUCAAACUGGGGUAUACAGUAGUUGAAAUUUAAGAAAUGGUGGAAGCGUUGCAAUUCAAAAGCGGACUAUGUUUCCCAAACGUUUCACGAGACAGGAUUUCCCAUUUUUGAGAAAAAUCGCAAGCUGUUCAAAAUAUCAGCAUGUUGGGCAUCUCAUGCACUCGAUAUAACAAAUUGUUGAAGGCAUUUAAAUUCCCAAAAUCCUGAUAUUUCCCCAUACACUGUACAUUGGCAUUACCUUGAUAUUAUACGUGAACUUGUGGCUAGAGCUUGACAACUGUCUCUCUGUAGCUGAGUUGGUUAGAGUGCCUGCCAGAGGGCCGAUACGUUACGUUUUUCGCAACUGCACCUGGAGGCUGGUUCUAAUAAAUGUAUAAAAAUUCCACUCGAAUUUUCCAUCUGCAAAUUCAUUCAACAACAAGUUGUUCUAAGGUUUGGUUUAAUUAUCUCAGCUGUUGCUGUGGAGGGAAUAUCUGGCACUGGUGGGACAUUGCGACAGGAUUUCUUUAAAGAAGAAUACAAACUUAACAAUGCUAUUGGUAAGAUUCUAUGCCAUGUUUGUCUGUUUGUUCGUCUGUCUGUCUGUGUCUCUGUCUGUCCACUCACUUAUGUAUUUAUUUUUCAAUAAUGCAGUAGUUCAGCUAUCCUGUGUACCGACUGUGCUGUACGAAACAUGUAAUACUGUCCAUAACUUUAUUUGUACACUCGGCCCCAUGCCGCGUUGCAUAUUUUUGAGGGUACAAAUUCCGCUCGGCUGUUUACACUCGGGAAAAGGAAAGCAUUAGCGAAGUUUAAAGUUUAUCAAUAAUCGCGGGCGCAUGACUAUGUUUGAAGGUGUAUGGGUGAUCAUCUCACUGAUCUCAAAGAUAUGGAAUGACGAUCAUUGCAGUCAGUAAUAUCCCCGUGCAGUACUUGGUUGUUGAAAGUCUAUAUUCUACAAUAUAAUAUAUUCUCGUAAGAUUUUGUUUCAUUUUUGUAGGUACUUUAAAAACUCCGUACGUUGCUCUCAUUGAUGGAAUUACUAUGGGUGGGGUACGUAUGGCCAGAUAAUAUACCGUUUUUCGUAAAUUUUGAGCAAUGACAAAAAUGCAUAUUCGUUCAAAUGUGUUCAUCACUAUCAGAUUGCAAACAAACGAACAAACAAACAAACAAACAAACAAACAAACAAACAAACAAACAAACAAACAAACAAACAAACAAACAAACACAGGCAGACAGACAGACAGACAGACAGACAGACAGACAGACAGACAGACAGACAGACAGACAGACAGACAGACAGACAGACAGACAGACAGACAGACAGACAAAGCGUCAAAAAAGGCGCGAAAAUAUGAGAGAAACGUGCGGAGAGACGGACUUGGAUACCCUGCAAGCGUGCCAAAUUUUACCGUCGGAUUUUUCCUACGGAGGCGUGGCUUGCCAGUUGAGAACAACAACAAAUUUUCGCGCCAAUUUUUGCAAGUAACAUUCGAAAUGCUACAAAUGUCCCAAGUCCGUCUCUCCCUACGUUUCUCCUGAGACGGACUUGAACCAAGUCUAGUGAACAUGAUACAACGUCUUGAAUGAUGUAUUUCCGAACACUGUAGAUGAUGCAACGACCUGAAAAAUAUAAAUAACUUCUAGACGAAGGGCGGUCGUCCCGAAACGUCGAAGUUCAUAUUGUAUUUUACGGUUGUUGCAUUAUCUACAGACUACAGUGUUCUCAGUUUGUAUUCUUCGCUACCUACACUCAGUCUGGUAGCCAACGUCCGAGUAUUUCUAAUUUCAAUGCAUUAUUCUUGUAAUGUUUCUUAGGGUGUGGGUCUUUCAGUUCAUGGUCAUUUUAGAGUUGGUACAGAAAGAACGUUGUUUGCAAUGCCUGAAACUGGUAUAGGUAAGUGUUGCGAGCAAGGUAUAUGAUGUAAUGCGAUCAUAGUUACGACGUAAUGUAAACAGCUUCUACGUUUAUGUUAUUCACUACAUAAGAUUUAAGGCACACAGUCACCUUUUGAACGAUACUAUAUUUUAAUGGCUCAAAUCUUGAAAAAGUUCAUGAACAAUUUCAAGUUGAUAGAUAAAACAAGGCGAUGAAAUAGCGACGCUUGUUGCUUUAAAGCUAUUUUAACACCAACAUAUUUCUCAUUACCUUUAUCUAAACAUAAAUACCACAAUCUUGCGAUGUUAUGAUGACAAGCCCAUGGUGUCAUAACAUUAAGUAACAAUUAUUAAGUAACAUUGCUCAAAGGGUGACUGUUUGUGUUGAACCCGUAAAUAUCGCCAAGGGAAAAUGGGCAAAAUAAAUAGGGUAGUGGUAUACGUUUUUGGAUGCAUACCUUUAAAUUUUUGCUUUUACAAUUUUUCAUACUAGGUCUCUUCCCUGACGUUGGUGGUAGUUUUUUCUUGCCAAAAUUGCAAGGAGAACUUGGAACAUUCUUAGCAUUAACAGGUGAGGAUUAAUCUUUAACUAGAUGGAACCUUCCACGGGUGAACAUUUGACAAUAGCUUAGUCCUUCAAUUUAUCGUCUCUGAACAUUAUAUUUUACGUUAUGAAGUUUAAUAGAAAUUAUAACACCGUAAAUCUUAGUAUUGUGCACAAAUUUUAUGGUGUGCACGCAAAUUAAUGCUAGCUGGACAGCUACAGCGUACAGUGUGUGUAAAAAUGGUCCUUCGUCCCGCGCGGACGAAGCAACCGUAACGGAAAACGGACGGUUACAAAGUUAUGUAUAAGAGAGGUUUAAGAUUUUGAAUCCAUUGCCGCUAUCUUUACUAUUAACCAGUCAGGUGCAUUUAUUCUACCCAAUUAUUCAAUAACCAAUCAAAUGCGUAUCAAGCAUGCCUGUAGAAAGUAGGAAGUUAAUAUGGAGCGACGCUACCUCCAAAGUCUAAAGGGCUAACUCCAAACCAAAAUAUACACUUAAAUGUGUAAUUCAAAACUGAGUUGAAAUAUCAAUUGUGGAGUUACUGGCCAACUCCAAAAAUCAUUUGAAGCUAGGUAUAACUCCAAAAAUCAUUUAGAAGCUAUAGGUAUCUAAGCCUGGAGUUGCUAAAUCGAGCUAGGUAACUAAGCCUGGAGUUACUGGCUAACACCAAAAAUCAUUUGGAGCUAGGUAUAACUCCAAAAAUAAUUUAGAAGCUAGGUAUCUAAUCCUGGAGUUGCUAAAUCCAAAAAUCAUUUGCAGCUACGUAUAACUCCAAAAAGCAUGAAAAAGCUAGAUAUCUAAGCCUUGAGUCCAAAAUGUGUGUGUAGCGAGGCAAGCCAGGCUAUAGCCGCUAGGUUCUUAAGCCUGACGUUACUUGCUGUGUCGGAGCUAGUUAUCUAGCGGCACACUUGACAUUUUGUUCUCGUUCAGAGGCUAAAUUUUGAUCUGCAGCAGCGCAACCCAUUCUCGUACCCCUCGACCCUCGUCAUGCUCUGUUGACGGCGUGUAAGACGAGCUCUGGGUACGAGAAUGUGGCAUAGCCUUAGCUCCAAUUGAAGAUUGGCUACCUCCACAAAAAUAAAAUCUACAUGUAUGGUAUCAAGCCUAUGAGAGGCAGUGGAUGUCAAAUCUGAACCUAUCUAUUAUUGAUAGGAGAACGAUUAAAAGGUUACGACGUCCACCACGCUGGAGUGGCAACGCAUUACGUUUCAUCUGACAAGGUUGGUAUAGACAUCAUUAGUUGCUGCGUCACUGAAAUGUGGCAACUUGUUUCUGCAUGUCGAUCCCUAUACGACUAAUAGAGUACAUUGGGUUGAGAAAAUGACGGUUGAACAUUGUCUUUUUUGCAAUUUCAAAAACAACAUUAUGCACUUGGCCAGAUUUGCACCUCCCCGAAAAGUUACGUACCAGGUUAAAUGAUAGGUCAAAGUGAAAAUUUGACAAAUUGCUUAGACUUUGGUCUACACUUUGUAAGAAAGUUUUUCUGUAAUAUUGAAACAGUAAUAACCAUUCAUUUUUGUGUCAAGUACCCUUUAAGUACAAAUUUGAAGAAAAUCUUUCAAAUACAUUUUUUCUGCUAGUGUGUGUCAUCCCCAAAUGUGAAGUGUCGUUGGAUUUUCAAAUGAAAUAAUCAACUUUUUCACAGAUUUCUGAUCUAGAGGAGAACAUGUUAUUGAUGGAAAAACCAACAUUAAAAACAAUCCUUGAAAUGAUUGAAAAAUACCAUAAAGAAGUAAGUAUUAAUGUAUAUUAACAAAACCGCGAAUCCUUCCUAUCGCCCAAAAAACGUGUGUCAAGUUUUUGUGUCAAAAUGCAACUACAUUCCUAACGCCGUGAAAUCGACAAUAGGGAGCUUAAUUAAGCAAGCGACGUUUUUGUCAACACGGACCUCAGAUUGCCGAGGGAGGACUGGAUUAAAACUGCAUGACUGUUUGUGUGAGUUUGUGGUAAUGUUGCAACACAUAUGACAAAACAUAAGACUUUUAAAGUUUUUUGCUUCCUUACACGAACGCUAUGAUGCAAAAUGCCGCCAAAAUUACUUAUACCAAUUUUCGGGUGAAUGUUUAUCAGAGUUGAUGAGAUGGCAUUGUCGGUAAGCACUCGAGUUUCGAGACGCCGAUUCGCAACUUUAUACUGUAGGAAGAGGAAAAUUACUGAUCAAUUGCUUUUUAUAAUUCUUCAGGAAUUGCAAAUCCAGUUUGGCAUUUCCUAGUAAAAAGCGUUCAGUAAUUACCCGGUUUGUAAAAAGCGUUCAGUAGUUCCCCGAUAUGGUUUAAAGUUUCAAAUUGGCGUCUCCGAAAUUCGAGUGCUUACCAACAAUGCCAAAACAAACUUUUGAUGAGAAUUGGCUAUGUAUUUCCGGUCAAACGAGGGGCAACUCUCAUCAAAAUUUGAACCAGCUGAUGUUGAUGACAAUCUCAAAGUUGAUGAGAUUUGGCGGUCAAAGUCUCUUCAAUUCUCAUCCUUCUUGUUUGACCAGGUUUUAUAUCAUCUGUUAUUUUUUUUAGAGUGUGUCGAAAAUAACAACAGAUUUCUCAUUAUCCCCACAUUUAGAAUGCAUUAACAGGUUUGUAACCAGGUUGUUAAAUGUUCUUUCGAGUAUUGGAGGAAAAUUUGAAAAUAUAACAGUUAAGAAUACACAUGUAUUACUUUAGAUGUUUUGCUAAAGAAUCGAUGGAGGAAAUUAUGGAAGAAUUGGAAAAGGAGGGAACUGAGUGGGCAAUGUCUAAAAUAAAUGUAAGUGAUGAGUUUAAUACAGGUGCUGAUUUCUUAAGCUGGAAUUGAAAUCCCAAAAUGAGAACUUGAUGCAAAUAUUGUGCG